AUGUCUUCAAACGAGGACUGGGCGUCGUCGUCCAAUGACGCGCUGGUGUUGUCGCUCGUUACGUCGACUCCGACCGGUGUCAAGACCAUCGGCAAAAGUUUCCACCCGAAAUUCACGUAUCCCAUCUUUGGUGACAGUGAAGAGAUCUUUGGCUACCAGGAGCUCCAAAUCAACCUCCGAUACAAUGCUAGCGACAUGCGACCAAACCUCUCCGUCACCUACAGCAAGAAGUUCCCCGCGGUAGGCGACACCGAGGCAGCAGACAUCAAUGGCAUCCUCGGCGACUUUCUCCCCCAAGUGGCAUUUCAGGAAAAAAGCGAUUUCGAGACGGCUAUCAAGCAUGUCCCGGAGGAUUGGACCCCGCCUGGCGAGCUGGCCGCGACCUUUAGCGCCCCAAGUGGUACCUUCGAGGUCUGGAAGGGCAGUUUGGGGGAUCCUGUCGUCAAGCAGCUAGUCAAGCGCAUCCAAAUACUCGUACCGCUCUUCAUCGAAGGCGGGAGUCAAAUCGCAGUGGACGACGCAGACGCGGGCAGGUGGACAGUUUUCUUCCUUUACCAGAAGCGGGCGGUGGCCGGCAACCCGAGCCGCUCCUCGUACAUCUUUGCCGGCUAUUGCACAGUAUACCGCUUCUUCCACUUUCGGAUGCCCACGCCUAGCCCCUCGCCUUCAGAGGACUUGACUCUCGGCGGAAACUUUGACCUGGCGGAGCUUCCCUGCCGCACUCGAAUCUCCCAAUUCAUCAUUAUCCCGCCAUUCCAGGGAAAGGGCUUGGGACCAAGACUAUACAGCAUCAUAUUCGAGAACUACCUCAAGCACAAGCAGACUGUUGAAAUCACGGUCGAGGACCCCAACGAGGCGUUUGACGACUUGCGCGACAUUGCAGACCUCCACUUCCUGCGGCGAAUGCCCGAGUUCCAAGCGCUGCGCAUCGACACGAGCGUCUCCAUACCGAAAGCAGGCAACGCGCCGAACAACAUUGUCGAUAAGGCGGCUUGGGAUGCUGUGCGCGCCAAAUCCAAAAUCGCCCCGCGUCAAUUUGCGCGUGUGCUCGAGAUGCAUCUCAUGUCCCAGCUCCCCGAGCCCGUGCGGCCGGGUAUCACAACGGAGGAGAAGCGGGCAUCUGCCAAGGCGACCAAGGAGCAGGAGCAUGAGCUCCGUCUUUGGAGGCUGUUGGUAAAAAAGAGGAUAUAUCGGCAAAACAAGGAUGCGCUGGGCCAGCUGGAGCUUCGGGAGCGCAUCGAGAAACUCAAUGAGACGGUGUCAAGCGUCGAGUUCGACUAUGCGCGUCUGCUGAUCAAGGCGGAGGAGCAGCAAACGAGCCUGGUUGCGAAUGGGUCGCCUAAUGGAAAGCGCAAAGCGGAUGGCGAGGGCGAGGCGGUGGCUAGUAAGAAGCCGCGGGUUGAGGAGGAGUGA